GAGGGUUCAUUAGACUGCCCUUUCGUUUGUUUAAUUCAGUGAAAUGAUGUGAGUUCGCACGACACGUUCUCAUACUGUGACUGUAGAUUGCGGUUCCCACAGUGAGAGAGAGCGAGAGAAAGAGAAAGAGAGAGAGAGAGGGAGAGAGAGAGGGGGGUGUUGGUAGUGGCCGCGCGUUUUGCUGUUGCGUCCUUGCGCCCCUUGAAACUCCUCCUGACGCGCCCAACAUGAGCAGUGCGAGAGUUCACAACUUUAUAUUUUCGAAUCACUUUAUUUUUGCACCACAUUCAGACUGAGUUUCGUCCUGUUACGUUUAAAUGCGACCAGCCAGCCAACCACGCGGCGUGAUCAUCUGGACGCUUUAAUUUGGUGGAGAGGCCGGCAGAUCUCUUCUCCCCCUCCCCACGCAAACAAACACCGCGCAAACCGUAAGACCACUGCUCUUAAUUUGGCGGACGCGCGUCUCAGAUGCUCCCUCUUUGACGUUCCGGUGCCAUCUGCGACAGAGUUUACUCAUCUGGAGAGACAAACAUCGUCGCGCAGCCAGAGAGGAAGGACAACCGGCUGACGUAGCGGCUCUGGCGGUAAAAAGUGAGAGUGUAGUCAAGCAGCACAAGUGUGAUGCUUGUGGUGGGAACUUCCUGCCUCCCAUGACACACCAUGAGGUUUUGGCAGGCAGGUAUUUUGUCUAAAAACAUGUGAAGCAUUCGUGCGUGUGGAAUGAAAGCACAAAGAAAAUACGAAAAAGGGAAAAAACAACCAUGCUGCAGAUCGACCUGGGGGUCUAUAUUGGCCUGGAGCUGGUGAUCGCUUGCCUAUCUGUGGCUGGGAACAUCCUGGUGUGCUGGUCCGUCUUCCUCAACUCCAACCUGCAGAGCAUCACCAACCUCUUCGUGGUGUCACUGGCAGUCGCUGAUAUCGCCGUGGGGCUGCUGGCCAUCCCUUUUGCGAUCUCUAUUAGCACCGGUUUCUGUGCCAACUUCUACGGCUGCCUGUUCAUCGCUUGCUUCGUGCUCGUGCUCACUCAGAGCUCCAUCUUCAGCCUGCUGGCUAUAGCUGUGGACCGCUACAUUGCUAUCAAGAACCCACUCAGGUACAACAGUCUGGUGACAGGGCAGAGGGCAAAGGGAAUCAUCGCAUUGUGCUGGUUUCUGUCAGUAGGCAUCGGCCUGACUCCGAUGUUUGGCUGGAACACAGGUUGGAAUUCCUCCGCCGCUAUCACCCAGAGUCACAGCUGCCCUGAAGGAAUGACCCAGUGCUUGUUUGAAGGUGUGGUUACCCUGCACUACAUGGUCUACUUCAAUUUCUUUGGCUGUGUGCUCGUUCCCCUUUUGGUCAUGCUGGUCAUCUAUGCUCACAUCUUCAUGGCCGCAAGGCGGCAGCUGCGACAGAUGACCCUCAAAGUGGCGCAUGCGCCUGCUCCCGGGCAGAAGGCCGCGUCUUCGGGAACAUCUCGUUCGAUUCUGCAGAAGGAAGUUCACGCUGCUAAGUCACUGGCCAUAAUCGUGGGCUUAUUUGCUCUAUGCUGGCUUCCUCUGCACAUCAUCAAUUGUUUCAACCACCUUUGUAAGGGCUGCAGACGCCCACACAUCUGGGUGAUGUACAUUGCCAUCAUCCUCUCGCAUGCUAACUCUGUAGUGAACCCCUUCAUCUAUGCCUACCGCAUUCGGGAGUUCAGGCAGACCUUUCGGAGGAUUCUUUACCAGCACAUCAUGGGAAAGAGGGACGGACGAGGGUUUCGUGGUGGGAUUUCUGAUGGCAGAUGUGCUGGAAGUGGCACUAUCAUCCGAACGUCUUCCCAUACAAGUAAAGAUAGGUCAUCAACUGGCACAGUGGUCAACAGCUACGUCCUGGACUCGUAUGCCGACCGAACUCGACCAAAGGCUAGUGAUGAAGUCUCCUGCCACUGGACGUCAAAUUUAGAUUUCACACCAAGCAACCAAACACCCAAUGGUCAGCAAAUGAAGAGCAGCACCUUGCCAGCAGCUCAGCAGCAGCCGCGCUUCGUGGCAUUUCCUGAACAGGAAGCCGUAGAUUCAGACACGUAUCUUGAGGGAGCAACAAAUGCUUCGGAGGUGACAGACAGGAGAAGUGGCAUUGCUUUUGUGAACGUUCAUGCUCUCUCCCUGAACCACACUGACUGCACCCACGCUACAACACUUACAGAAAUCUCUUGACAAAGACAUUUAAAUGCGGCAGUCACCGUGACACACACACACACACAACAGUGAGCAAACAUAAGGAAAUCUGUGCAAAUCAACGCAAACCGCAAAUGUGUUUCCUUUAUUUCUGAAGCCAUGCUGUACAGAUAAUAUUUCUGCCUUCCUGUCUGAGCUGGAUCAGAUGCACAAGAGCACAAUUUGACAACUACUGAUGUUAACAUGCUGUGUCUGUUAUCCAAGAUAUAUCUUCUUUUUUUUUUAGGUGGUAUGUGAUCAAAAAAAAAUUGCAUAUUAGAAUAUUAUACAAUUAUACUGUAAUACAAUGUUCUGUAUUGAACUGCACUUUUCUAAUGUUUCUAAUGUUGCAUCAGGGGAUAUUUUUGAUCAUCAUCCGUGAUGUUUUUACCCAAUGGAGUCUCAAAUACUUCUUUUAACAAUUUUAACUAUGGACUACACCCGAGGCCCCAUUCUGCUACCGAUGAAGUAUUCAUACAUUGCAUAAGACAGGCUAAAGUUGUUCUGCUAAGUGAUGUAACCGCUGGUCUUUAUGUGUUAUCCUCUUCGGAAGCUGGAGGGAAAUAAUGAAGCAGAAGGUUUGCAUCAUCUCUCGUGUACAGCUCUAUUAAAAACGUAAUUUCUCAAAGAGCUGCAUAGCUACAUGCCAGUUGUUGUUGCUAGCUUGAUCUGUGAUGUGAUAACUGCCAGGCAACACAUCUCCAUUGCCGGUUCAGCAGCCGUAUGACAUAUGAAUCAAAGGCACCGAUGCACUGUAGGCCAGUGACCAACCAUCCAAAACAAAGAGCUUGUUUGAUCUAUUCAAAUAUCGCCCCAUGUGCCUGUAAUGUUGCGACUUUCAGAGUCAGCCUUGUACACGUAAACAGCAUCAAAGUCACACAUACACACACACACACACACAUAAAGAGCACACACGGCCGCAGACUACUCAGCAAGAGGUGUUUACAGAGUAGCCUGGCUGCUGACGCCAGUCAAUGAGCCUAAUGCAAUGGAAAUCAAAUGAAGGUUCAUUUGAUGGUGUCUUUUAUUAUCCCAUUAUGCUUUCUCUUUCCUCGUUAAAAAGCCCUUCCACUGUAGGAAAGACAUGCAUUAAGCAACCUUUGUGUGCUUUAAAGUGAUCCCAGAGACAUGUCUCCGGGAAUAAACAUACAUGGGUAUGUAUCUGACUCAUACUAUUGUUUAUUACACUUUGUGGUCAUGUAGAGGGGUAUUAAAAUGGACAAAACCAU